AUGAAGAAAAGGAAGAAACCCAAGAAACAUAAGAAGUCUGUUGGCAGAAGACCGAAUACUGUGGCAAAGAAUACACAUUUGGCCAAGGGAUCUGCUGCUGAAGCAGUUCCAGUCGCCAAAAAUACAACCACGAUGAACGCUAUACAGAAAGCUUGUCAGUCAACUUUUGUGCAAGCUGCUGUGCAGGGAGCGAGUAAACUUCCUCACAUAGAAAGAGUUGCCAACAAAAUGCUAUUGCCCGCGGCAAUCGCCAUUGAUUCCGUCCGAUUGGGAAUGUCCAUUCAACAGGACAUUGAUCAAGAAAAUAAAAUUCCAAAAAACACUGUCAAGAGCGCAUCGUCGAUUGCUGGAGGAUGGAGUGCUGGAUAUGGAGGAGCUGUUGGAGGAGCGACUGCUGGUACCGCUAUUUUCCCUGGAGUAGGAACGGUUAUUGGAGGAGUGGUGGGGGGCGUCGUUGGCGCUGUCGGUGGUUCCCUUGCUGGAGAGAAGAUAGCUGAGAAAGUUAUGGACCAAAUUGACCAGGGUGGGAAACCUAAUGAAGAAGAGCAAUUCACCGCGAAGACUGUUUCUGGUAUUGGCCAGGAUAGUGACUCAUACUCGUCAGAAGAAGAAAUUACCGAAUAG